GGAAUAGUAAUCUCGCGUCUGUGGAAACGCGUGUGACGGUGCCAAGUCGUCGGCAAAUUAAAUCAGUGUUGCCAGUACCUGUCGAUCAAUCCGGUGAAGAGUUGUAAUUAAUAAUAAAUGCGAGUGAUUAAAUGUGACUGAUAAACGCGCGGGAAUUUGUCCAUCAGAUGCCGUCGAUAUCACCUGCGGUGAUCAUCCGGUGGAAUGGUUUGACAGGAGUGAGGUGGGGGGUGGUUAAAAGAAUGUGAGGACAAGUCCGGAUUGAAAUAAUAAAUCCGGCGAUGUCAGAGAAAUGGGCGAGGUCCCGCGGAUUCGAAUUGACCGCAGGUACCUGAAACAACUCAGGUCUCAGGCCGCCACCAUCGAGCGUCUCUUCGGUGUUCGGUUGUCAAUUACACCAGGUGAUACGGACAUCGAGGCAAGUGAUAACGAACCACCAGAUGAUGAUACAUGGAUGUCAGAGAGAUCAAGCAAGGAGGAACAAGUGCUUGUAACAAUCGAGCUCGUCACUCUUCCGCGUGAUUCCAUUGGCGACGUGGGAGGAAAUCCCGGUGGGGAUCAGCUGCCUCAGGAUGGGGGACUGUCGGGUAUACCUCUCCCCUCUCAAGUCAUCGACAGGGUUCAGAGGUAUGUGGAUUGCACAGUGCUGGGACGUGGGAGUGCUGGAACAGGUACAGAGGCCGAGGACUCGUCCUACGACAGCGAUUUCGAGGCUGAGGACUCCAUCGGAUCGACAAUCGUUCAUCCACAAUUGGAGACGCAGGUGUCAUCGUCAACCCAUUCGGACGUAUCCCGAACAACAUCCGACACUCUGGCUGCAGAGUUUGCGGAAUAUGUCACAGUCCAGGGAGUAUCGCCCACCCAAAGUCCAGGCUACACAGCGCGUGUGGAAUUUGCCCUGAAGUUGGGGUAUACCGAGCGUCUGGUUCAGGUAGCCCUUCACAAAUUGGGUCCAGAUCCAGGCCAGAAUGAGCUCCUGGCUGAGUUAAUCCGCCUGGGGGCGAGUUCCUCUCGUUUUCCAGAAAGCCCGGAUGAUCCUGACUAUCUCUCAGAGGUGGAUCCACCCACGGACGACACAAAACGCACCAGCGAGUCGUCAGGGGGUCUUCGUCCAGUGGUGAUCGAUGGUAGCAAUGUAGCAAUGAGCCACGGUAACAAGGAAAUAUUUUCCUGUCGUGGAAUAAAAAUCUGCGUCGAUUGGUUUCGCUCGAGGGGCCACAGAGAGAUCACAGUGUUCGUGCCAAAGUGGCGAAAAGAGUCUUCAAGACCAGACAAUCCAAUUGCCGAGCAGGAGAUUCUUGGUGAAUUGGAAAGAGAUCGUCUUCUUGUUUUUACACCAUCGAGACUAGUCGGUGGUAAACGAAUGGUCUGUUAUGAUGACAGGUAUAUCCUGCGAUUGGCAGCUGAGCUUGAUGGAAUUGUUGUGAGCAAUGACAAUUAUAGAGAUCUUGCCCAGGAGAGUCCUGAUUUUCGAAAGGUCGUGGAGGAGAGAAUUCUCAUGUACAGUUUUGUUAAUGAUCGUUUCAUGCCACCUGACGAUCCACUCGGCAGGAGUGGGCCAACUCUUGAUCAUUUUCUGAGAACUGGAGCGAGGAAAAAUGAUCCAGCACCACCUUGUCCCUAUGCCAAGAAGUGCACCUAUGGGAAUAAAUGCAAAUUUCGUCACCCUGAAAGGGGACCACAUCCCCAGAAAUCAGUGACUGAGAGACUUGUGGAGCAUGCACAGAGACACUUGCAGGCAAGAAGUCCCAGUCUGAGUUUACCCCUGUCUUCAUCAACAUCGAGCACUCAUUCAGGGCAUCAGCCUCUCUGCAGAGCGAGAUCUGCUGUUCCUCCGUCCAUUCAGGCAUCCACGUCUGUACCCAAGAGUAGAUCGGUUGAAAAUAUUGGUGAUCCUGUUGGAGGGAAACUUUAUCCUCAGACACAGGGAUAUGGAGGGGCUGUUGGUUGGCCCGCACCCAGGAUCAGCAAUCCUGAGCCUGAACCCGCUAAUAUGCACAGAAAACUCCAGAGGCAACUGACACUCAAUCCAGCGUGUGAUCCAAGAUUGUAUCAGCUCAGGAGAUAUCAUCAGCCACAUCCUGGUAGCUCGGGGAGAAAUAAUUUACAACACAGGCCACUCGUCAGACAUGCCAGCAACGAGUCUUAUUCGAUUUCUAUGAACUGGGAUCCAUCGGAGCAUCACGCCCAUCAGCACGUGACGAGGAUAGCCUCAGCCCCGGAUUCCUCCCGGGGAUGGCCACCACGAGGGACGGGACUGUCAGUUCCCCCUAGAAGUCAACGUUUAGGGACAUCCGAGCCCCAACUUAAUCUUGUCCCAUCCAUACCUAGUCUCCACCCUCCGUGGACCGCAACCCAGACACAGGACGCAAGACGUCGUCUUCAUUAUCACCUUGCCAAUAUUUUUCCUGAGGAGCAAGUCCAGGCCGCAAUGGCAAUCCAUCCUCACGAGACAGAUCCCCAGAAAAUCUGCGCAGCAAUUCUCGCUAUGUUCCCCAAACCCUAGAGCACUCCUGAGAGACUCUUUUUUCCAGCUCCUCAUUCCAAGGUGAGGGAUCAGACGUAUUUUGGAAUAAAGUGAAUUUUUUAGGGAAUUUUUCAACUGAAAAAUCGAGAUAGUAUCAGAUUUCAUUUUUUUUUUAAUAACAAGAUUGUUCUCUCAGUGUAAAUAUAAUGAAACACUCAAAAAUUGUCUGAUCCAUCAGGUAAUUGAUUAAUUUGGAGUUGAAUAUGAUCAACUGAAACCCGAGAUAUACCUCUUAAAAUUAGCUACAAUAUCAAUCGGACCAAACAUUAAAUAUCCGUCGGUCGCGGUGAACAACUAGAAAAUAUUUAACGAAUGUAAAAAGGGCCAGCUUACUAUUAAUCUACGAUUACCCCACGGUUUACCCUCAACAAUUACGCUGAUAAAAAAAAUGUCUCUUGUCAGUGUACCGGUUAAUUAUCGUUUAAUUUCAAUUCACUGCGAUUAAACCACGGGCCUAAAUGUGAUAAUGACGUUAAGGUAUUAAUCAUAAGAAAGCAACAGAGUGUACGUUUUUUCUACCCAUUUUGAUCCCCUGGAUCUCAUGGACUCACGCUCUCUGUGAGAGCACAUUUUACCCAUUCACGUUUUUUUUUCUGUAAGAAUUAUUCAGUUGUCCUGAAUCCUAAAUAGUGAGGGCUGAGGCAAAAUGGACGCUUUUUUCAUUCGAAGAUUUCGAAAAAUUCUUUGUUAGUAUUAUAAAACCGUAAAAAUAUCGAGAUACAAAAAAAAAAUUUACAACUCCUUGCGGAAAAAAAAAUGAAAUCAAUUAAACUCAAUUAAAUUUGUGUUAAAAAAAUGAAAACGAGUGUUCAUUUUACCCCACUGUACACCAUUGAACCGCAAACAUUUUCAUUGUUGAAGGAUCGUUAUGCAUUUGAUGUUUAUUGUUUAUAAUCGCUCUCGUGCGAGUCAUUGAAUCUGUCAAGCACAAAUUGACGAAUAUAAUAAUGUACGAAGGUCAGUUAUAGAGGCCUCAUAAAAUUGAUGGUCGUGUGAAAACAUGGGUAGAACAUCUCAUCGAGCUAAUUACGGUAACUAGCGAUUCGCGAUUGAGAAUAUUUCCACAAUGGAAUUGAAGAGCAACAAACAUCAGGACACGUCGGGGAAAAACACUUCAGACCUUUUUUAUCAGAAAUUUAAUUAGUAGAGAAAGUCUCAAUUGUUCGAGCCAUUCAUCUGGCAAGAAUUAGAGUUCGUGUUUGAAGUGUUUGACUCAUUGUUCCUCAUUUCUCGUUUUGCGAUCGAUUUCAGACGAGGGCAUUACUACAUUUGGAUUAAUAUCAGAGUCGAAAAUUGAUAGCGGACUGAUGACUCACAUUGAGUUACACUCCAGCUGUCAGUUUCCACCGGGAGAAAUCACUUGGAAAAAUUUUCGAGAUAAAAUUUCUGUUCAUUUUUCACUGAAAUUCUAUUCCAAGUCUAUGAAUCUCAAUGAAAAUGCAAUUUUUCCAAAGAAUUUCUCUCCGUACAUUUUUCCAGGGAAAGUGCAAUACUAUGUAUUGCAUAAUUGAUAUUCUAUUCAGACACUUCCAGAUGUUACGUAUCAAAUACUGUGAGUGUUUCGAUCCUCUAGAAUGCACAGUAAUAACUACAAUCGAAGAAUCAAUUACAAAAUCAUUUCUAUCGCCGUUGACGGACGAUAAUUGUUGGCUCUGCAUCUCGCACAAAACACCAAUGAUACCCACAGCAGAAAUAUCAUAUUAUUACGUUAAUAUGUAUAAAAUAUUAUAUUAUAUAUAAGAAAUUUGUAUCAAUGUUAUUGCUUAUGAAAUGUCAAAUAAAUGUUUUCUUUUCCAAUCUUC